AUGACGAAUAACCCGAAUAAUCCUCCAGAGGGGACAAGUUUUGUCUACCCUACACGGACGCUGCUUAGCAACAUACAACCGUCGAGCUCCAACGACUCUGGUUCGACGCAAGACGGCGCGAUGUCCCCGCCCCUCGCGACCUCUCCGCCCAUCUCUCCGCCGUUAACACGAACAAACACGCUUUCGCUCGGCGAGGGCUUGCAGGAGACCUUGCGCCAGGCCGUAUCCGAGGCUACAUCAAACACGUCCAAGCCCAAACGACGCAAGAAGCGCGCACAGUCGCCCAACUACCGCGACUUUCCCGCCGCCGGCAGCAGCUCUGGCCCGCGCACAUUCAUCGCAGCGCCCCAGCCACGCUCGGCAGAAGCCGCGGCGGCGGAUAAUACGGAGGAUAAUCAGCAGCCGUACGACUCGCGACACCCGCCCGGACUCUCGAUGCUCGCACAGGGAGCCGCCGCGUUCCGGUCCCCGCCCGCGCCGCCUGGUCCGGUCACCUCGCGUGGCGAACGCGAGCGCGAUCCGUCGCCGGUGCACGUCACCGACCCUGGCAUCGUCCAUCUCCCGCCGCGCGACGUGACCAGUGCGGCAGGUUCGGGAGGUUCGGGCCGCUCGAAGCGAUCGAUUCGCGAGGGAGUAGAAGCGGUCGCAGAGGGGAGCGUGUCGGCGGGAAGUGGCGGUGGAGAAGCUGGAAGCAGUCCCGUUACUGGCGUUAGUGCAGAGCCUUCGAGGCCUGUCAGUAUAGGAGCGAAUAGCGGCAGUAGCGGCAAUGGCAGCAGCCAGAACGGCGAAGCGCUUGGGAGUGGUGACGGAGUUGGUGGCGAUAGUUCGGGAACCGGAUACGCGAGUUCGGCUGGAGAGCCCUAUGUCACUUUCAGGUUCGAACACUCGCAGGAUGGCGAUGGGCAUCAUGUUGUCGUUGGCCGUGAGGGAAAGCUCCUACGAUGCGAAGACGAGCCCAUCCGAACGCCUGGUGCCAUCCAAGGCUUUGGCGUACUCAUUGCCGUUCAAGAAGACACGGUCAACGAGACACUCGUUGUUCGCCAGGUAUCUGAGAACAGCACGGAGCUCCUCGGUCUCAGUCCGCGAUAUCUAUUCUCGUUGCCUUGCUUCACCGAGGCCCUGCCGGACUCUCAAGCCGACACGCUUUGGGACAAUAUUCAGUUCUUGACAGAUCCCGACCCGAGCGGCGAGGAGGACGAGAGCCCCCAUGUCUUCUUACUCUCAGGCUGGGGCAUGCCGGGCAGCGCGCGUCAGGACGAUCCGGACAGGGACCAGUUCAAUCGCCGGUUUUGGUCGUGUUGGUGCGCGGCGCACAGACCGGCAGCCUCAGCAGACGGUUCCGCCGCGACUCAGAAGGACCUCAUUAUACUCGAGUUUGAGCUAGAGCACGACGUCUACAAUCCGCUAUACCCGGCAUUCUCAGAAGGCGCUGCACGUAGUGGCAGCGAAUCUCCCGCCACGGGCUCGAGCAGCGCGGGCGGAUCCGGGACGACGCUCGUCAGCUCGUCUGGUACGCGAGCAGGGUCUCGACAAAGCGGCGCUGCGGCUACACCGGAUCCCAAUCCCAGCAGCACGAUGAUAUCGGACGACAGCGGAACGACGCUCGUGCCUUCUGCUCCCAGCGGUAGUCCAGGUGUCGACACCCCUGGCAUCGAGACGCCAAGUACCGGCCCAAGCGCUUUAACUACCGACGGCCAAGGCAACAUCGUUGCCCCGGGCUCGCCGGAGAGUGGACGGCCAGGCCCGCUUACGAAUCCUGCGCAACGCAUCGGCAGUGGUGGGAGCAGCGGUAGCGACGCGAGUAUGAUGAGCACCAAUAGCUCCGAGACCGUGCACGGACUUCCUGGCGAGGAAGGUUGGCAGCCCAGCGCGGAGGAGAUCCUCGAGAGCACGACCAAUCACGCCAAGGCACUACCUGCGCUCGAACGUAUACGACAGAUGUCUCGCGCGCCCGCGACGCCAGGUCCAGCACGGCGAGGAGGCAGACGCGCGAGACGCGGAGGAGGCGUGGGUAUGAUGGACGUCUUCGCGGUGAUGGCGCAGAUCAACGAGCAGUUGGGCGCCGCCGCCGAUCUGGAGGGCUUCUUGCGCGUUGUAGUGGGAAUCAUCAAGGACCUUACGCAGUUUCACCGCGUACUAGUCUAUCAGUUCGACGAGAACUGGAACGGGCAGACUGUCGCGGAGCUGGUCGACUGGACCAUGACGCACGAUCUCUACCGCGGUCUACACUUCCCUGCGGCGGAUAUCCCCGCGCAAGCGCGGCAUCUGUACACGAUCAAUAAGAUGCGCUUAUUGUAUGAUCGGGAUAAGAUUACGGCGCGGUUGGUGUGCAAGAGCGAGGAGGAUCUGAAGGUGCCGCUCAACAUGACGCAUUGCUACUUGCGGGCGAUGAGUCCUAUUCAUCUUAAGUACCUCGGGAAUAUGGGCGUCCGCUCGUCUAUGUCCGUAUCUAUCAUGGCAUUCGGUCAACUCUGGGGUCUCGUAGCAUGCCACAGCUACGGCCCACACGGGAUGCGCGUAUCCUUCCCCGUCCGACAGAUGCUUCGGCUGCUCUCCGAUAGCAUAUCGCGCAACAUCGAGCGCCUCUCAUACGCACAACGGCUUCACACGCGCAAGCUCUUCAACACGAUGACGUCAGACCAGCACCCAACCGGCUACAUCGUCUCAAACGCUGACGACCUGCUUGGGCUCUUCGACGCCGACUUUGGUGUACUCGUCAUCGGCGAGGGCGCGAAGAUCUUGGGUCCGAAUGAGCAUGGACAGGAAGUCCUGGUGGUAGCGGAGUACCUGCGCUUGAAGCAGUUCAACAUGAUCCAGGUCUCGCAGGCUGUUACGAAGGACUACCCCGACUUGCAGCUCAGUACUGGGCUCGAGGUCAUCGCCGGCCUACUGUACGUCCCGCUCAGCUCUGGCGGAAAGGACUUCAUUGCGCUUCUGCGUAAGGGUCAGCCUCGGCACGUUCACUGGGCCGGGAAGCCAUACAAGGACGGCGAGCAGGGCACGAAGGCCACGCUCGAGCCACGGAAGAGCUUCAAGGUCUGGAGCGAGACCGUCGCGGGUCGUUGCCGCGCGUGGACGGAUGAGCAGCUCGAGACAGCCGGCGUACUCGCGCUCGUGUACGGCAAGUUCAUCGAAGUCUGGAGGCAGAAGGAGACGGCGCUGCAGACGACCAAGCUUACGAACCUGCUGCUGAGUAACGCCGGGCACGAAGUUCGCACGCCCCUAAACCACAUCAUCAACUGUCUCGAGUUGGCGCUGAACGGCUCGCUCGAUCUCGAGACGCGUACCAACCUCAGCCAGAGCCAUGCCGCGAGCAAGAGUCUUCUGUUCACGAUCAACGACUUGCUCGACCUCACGCGCUUGGAAAGCGGGAACGAGACGAGCUUCAACGAGCCGUUCGAUCUGCCCAAUACUAUCGCCGACGCGACGAACUUGUACCGAACCGAGGCUCAACGGCGCGGUCUCAAGUUCGAACUUGAUACGGCCGGCGCACCGCACAUUGUCGUUGGCGACCCAAGCAAGAUCAGGACCGUCGUCGCAAACUUGACUGCAAACAGUCUGAAGUACACCGAGCAGGGCGCGAUUACCGUCACAUGCAAGGCGUUCGAAGAGCCGCCAGGUCUACGAAGCGAGAAGAGCGUCGCGGUCGAGAUCGUCGUGCGCGAUACGGGAUGCGGUAUACCGGCGUCCAAGCUCGAGAGCAUCUUCAGGGAGUUCGAGCAGGUUGAGAGCGCACAACCCAAGACGAAUACUGGGCCUGGACUGGGUCUUGGUUUGGCGGUCGUCGCGCGUAUCGUCGAGCAACUCGGUGGUCAAUUGCGCGUUGAUAGCCGCGUGAACGAGGGCAGCAGCUUCAGCUUCCUCAUCCCGUUCGUCCUCUGGGAGUCUGGGAAUAUGUCUGCAGGCGGAAGCUCGGCCAGCUCGCUUGGCGGACGGUCAUCUUCGCGCGGCUCAGCCGAGGUUGAGAGCAUUGUCGAUGCGCUCAGUAGUCAGUUUGGUGGACCCGGUCCUAUGAUCGAAGCGCCGAGCGGCCCUCCCACGCCCGGAACCGUUCCGAUCCCCGGCUCACGCAACCCGCUGCGACCAGUACGCAUCGACGAGUAUGAGAUGGACGGCCAACGACAGGUCUUGCAACGUCCGAGCAGGACUUCGCUUCGCAGUACCGAAAGCCGGCCGAGCGCCGGACGACGCACGCCGAGCGACCGCAGGCUACGCGUGCUCAUCGUAGAGGAUAACGAUAUCAACCGGAAGAUACUUGCGAAGCGGCUUGAGCUCGAUGGGCAUUCGGUCGUCAAUACAACGAAUGGUCAGGAGGGAGUUGACGAGGUGGUCAAGGACCAGGAGUUUGAUUGUAUUCUUAUGGAUAUACAGAUGCCGAUCCUCAAUGGUCUCGAAGCGACCGAGCGCAUACGCGAGCUCGAGACAUCCAGCCUUCCUCGCAAAGACCGCGUCUCGCACGUCCUAAACGGCCGCAUCCCCAUCUUCGCCGUCAGCGCUUCGCUCCUCGAGCGUCAACGCGGCGAGCUCGCCGCGACGGGCCUUGACGGCUGGAUCCUCAAGCCUAUCGACUUCAAGCGGUUGAAGACGCUUCUCCGCGGCAUCACGGACGCCGAACAGCGCGGGCGUGAUGAGUACCAUGUCGGUGGGAGUUGGGAAGCCGGUGGUUGGUUCUCGCGCCCGGAGAAGAAGGAGGCGGACAAGGCUGAUGCGGAUAAGGUUGCUCCCGAGGAUGUCGACGUCGGAGAGCCCGCCGUCGAUUGA